AUGCCGGCAAUCAAACCGCCCGUCGAGGUCUCAUCUAUGGCCCGAAUACCGACGAGACUACUGUUGCGGUCUUUACUUUUGACGUCCUUGAUGACAUCCAAGUUAUUCUUACGACCUGCUCUAGCCGUGAUGGGCGUCCUUGCGACAUCAAAAUCCCCACUAUUGAACCCAGAUCGGAACAUCCCUUUGAACAAGUUCCUUCGCUGGACGGUUUACAAUCACUUUUGUGCUGGAGUGAAUAGAAAGGAAGUUUCGAAAACCGUGGCAGACAUUAAGAAGAUGGGAUAUCAGGGCGUUAUCUUAGGUUAUUCGAAAGAGAUAGUGCUGGAUCACGAGGAAAAACUUUCGACCGAUGAGUCUGGCACGCCACAAUACAGCGACAAAUGCUACCAGAUGAUUGACGAGUGGAAGGAAGGAACAUUAGAGACACUGCGUAUGGUUGGACCUGGUGACUUCCUUGCCGUGAAAUUGACAGGUGCCGGCCCUGUUUCAGUGGACGCAAUGGCAGCACGCCAGCCUAUGCCAGAGGCUAUGGUCAAAGCCGUGGAUGAAAUUUGCAUUGCGACAGAAAAGCAGGGCUCACGUCUCUGGUUGGAUGCAGAGCAACAAAUCUUGCAAAAGGGCCUUGAUGACUGGGCCAUUGAAAUGAUGCGCAAACAUAACAAAUCCCAAACACCAAUUGUUUACAACACUAUUCAGGGCUAUCUCAAGGGAUCAAAGGCGAACCUUGACCACCAUCUUACCUUGGCUGCACAAGAGGGCUGGACUUUGGGUAUCAAAUUGGUCCGAGGAGCAUAUAUUGAGCAUGAGACACGAUCUCUCAUCCAUGAUACCCAGGCCGAUACAGACCGGUCCUACGAUCUCAUCGCAGACACCUUGCUUUGCCAAAGAAUGCCUGCUGGGAAGGAAAACCUCUCAUUCCCUAAGGCCGCUCUUUUUCCUCGCCACCCACAACGCCGCUAG